GUUGCGUCGGCGUUUGGGAUAUAUUUCAUGUGGAACGCAGGCGCGCGCACUGAAAAGUAUAACGCUGCGCGUGGUAUUUUUUCUGCUGGAGUUGCAUCGUGAAAUCGGGACACAUGCAUUGGCCAACGCGCAAGCGCGUGAGGACGAACAGUCUCAAUAUGAUUGUUGUUGUUUCCUGCUGCCCAGCAUUUGCGCGCGUUCAUGUGGAGUGCUGAUCCACAGUGACCACUGGAUGACUGGGCGACUUGGCGCCAGCGGGCCGCGCCCUUUCGGCCAGCAAACACAGGACGACCCUUGGUGCGAGCACUUCAAGAGUCGCGAGCACCUCAGGAAGGUUCGCAACUGGGCGCCGGGGACGACCGUUAACCCGGAGCACCCGGGCGCGGUGCCGCCGCCACCGCGGGCUCUGGGCUGGGGCGCUUGCGCCGCGGCGCCUCCGCCAGCGCCGGCGUGGGGGGCGUGGGGCGUCGCCUCGGAGGCGCCUCCGCCUCCGCCCGCCUGGGGCCCAGCCGCGGGCGCGGCAGCGGUUCCCCCUCCGCCGGCCGCUGGCUCGCAGCGGCCGGCGGACGCGGCGGCGCCCCCGCGUGUGAUCGCUCUAACGGACGGAUCCACGCAAGAUGCGCCCGAGCAGGCCGAGGGCGAUCAGGCGGGGGGCGCUCCGUGGGGUGCAGUCCCGGCGGCCUGGGGCGCGCCCGCCGCGGCGCCUCCGCCUGCCUGGGGCCCAGGCGCGGGAGCGGCAGUGGCCCCGCCUCUGACCGACGGCUCCACGCAGGAUAGGAUCGACGCUCUCGAGCGAGCCGUGAGCGAGCUGCAACAGCAGCUCGCUCGCCUGCAGGCCAGGCUCGAGCAGUGA